AUCCUUUCUUGCAACUCACUCCCAUCAUCAACACUUAUAUUUUAUAUCUAACGACAUGGGUUGGUUCAGUGAUGACUCUGACCAGGCUCAAGCCUACGACCAGGUUGUCAACGCUCCCCACAAGGCUGAGCUCUCUCACGAGUUGAUUGCUGCUGCCGCGUCGUACGAGGCUGCUAAGGCUUACGAGAAGCACUGCGAUGAGAAUGGCCAGCCCCAGUCUCACGAAAAGGCCAAAGAGAUCCUUGCCGCCUUCUCAGGAGCCUUUGUCGACCGUAUGGUUGAGACCAAAGGGCUUGACUACAUCGAUACGGUCAAGGCUAAGCAUCAUGCUAAGGAGCAGGCACACGAAGCUCUCGUUGAAUAUGGUGAUUAUUAGAUAAAUGAAUAACAACGUUUGUAAAUUGUGAAUACCUAUUGUAACAUGACCUGAAUUGCUUUUCGGAAGAGCUA